UAAUUUUUUCGGCACUAUCGGUCUGUCUCUCUCGUCAAUGAACCGUCAUGGCCUCAACCGUUUCUUAUCAUUGGCGGCCCCGCAGUGUAGUGUGUGUGCACGCCCGUGUGUGUGUGUGCGUGUGCGUGUGACAAAAUAUUUCGUGCGAGCGGAGAGAAAAAUAAAAACGACGAUAAUAAUAAUAUUAUAAUAACGAAAAUAAUACGACCGCCGCCGAAUUUACAGAGACACGUCGCACACCGCCACCGCAGUGGUCGUCCAUCGUUUUACAUAGACCGUACUAGGUACCUAUUGGUGUUUGUUACGCAAAUCUUUUUUUCCACUCUUCCUGUCUUUCGAGAAAUUAGCGCUGCACGAAAUAUGGUAUCGUUGUCGUCGUUUGCCCGCCGGUUCACCAGCCCUCCUCGUCGACAAUAAAUUUGUCAUCGCUGUCCGCUUGGUGUUUUUUUUCCACGCCAUCAGGACUCGCCACCGCCAAUCUCGGAAUGACCACAUAGAAGCUGAAGCAGCUUAUGUAGAUUUUUUGAGGAGUUAUGUUAAACAGCCUGAGAGAUGGUCAAAUAAAUUAUGGAACUACAAAUUGCCAAUCUGCCCAUGUUCCACCUCAUAAUGUCGUCGCCCCAAUACAUCAAAAUUCUCUUAUAUCGACCGAACCCACUACACCUGUCUAUCAGUGGAAUGCAAACCAUCGGCUUGAACAUUUAUAUGGCUUUCAUUCCAGAUAUUAUAAUCUCGACUUUCCUACUCCAUACCCGCCAGCUACUAAUCAAUAUGUACCUGCAAAUGUGUACGGACAGAAUUUGCCGCAAUGCUGUCAACCGUGUUGUCGGCUCAGGUCUCAAAACAUACCAAAAGCAUCUCCACCACAAGUGUUAUAUAACCCAAGACCAGUGCAACAAUUGAAUCGAUCUUAUAAAUCAAAAAAGACUUUGAAAACUCCGUGCUCCGAACAGUUCCUACCAUACAUUCCAAAUGAUUUACCAGUUAAAUACGAUACCCAAAAUUGUUAUCAACAAAAAUAUAAUAGUUCAUAUUUAAACAACACAAAUUAUUGCCCUCCAGCUAAUAACUUGUGGAUUCCACCAGCGGCCAAUCCUAACUGGUCUACCGAUAGGUUACGUCCAAUUGGCCGUCAUACCGGUGUGGUGUCGCAUGAUUUUAGUAGGGAAAAAAAUUAUCAAAGAUUACCAAACUAUCAAAGUAACCCUUAUUUAAAACCUACAAGUGCUACACAUCAUAUACCUUAUAAUUACAUUCCACCUAUACCUGAUGUACACGACUAUCGACCUUCAAUCUAUCAUAAUACAUUAAAAAACAAUACGACUGAGUAUGUAUCGCACGAUCACAGUUCUAGAUUGCCGAUUUCAUCUCAAAAUAUUCAAAAUCCACCUUCAUUACAACAGUACUAUAACACUCAACCAGUGCCUUAUUCAGAUGUACAAAUACCAAAUAGUGAAUCAUUUAAACCACCUCAAAUCGAGCCAAAAAAUAACUCAAAGAGUAAUUUAAACGUACGUGAGUUUUUAGCUAAUUGGGACGAAGGAGAAGAAGAAAUCGGUGAAAAAUCUUCUGAAACAACAGAGCCCAUAGUGGUACUCGAUUGCAUGACACUUGAUGGAGAUGCAUUGACUAAAAUUCAAGAAAAACUAAAUGUAGUUUCCUAUGAAAAUUUGGAAAAAGUACUUAAGGAAAAUCAAAACCCAUUAGUUAUAACUACAGAACCAAAUGAAAUCAAUUCUUUUAACAAUAAACCCAAAUUACAUUCAAAAUCUAAUUUUGAACCCCUAGAUUACACUAAACGGGAAACUGGUAUCAUUAAACCGUUUAUCACUGAAAAGAAAACAUCAUCCGAAUUAACUACCCAGCCUGAAAAAAGUUAUAGCGUUAAUUUUGAUGGAAUGGUUGCUUGGUACGGUAAAAAAAAUACAGACAUUUCAUCUACAGAUCUCAUUGAAAGAUUAGCUGACAGGAUUUUUAACCUAAGUAAAUCACAAGAAAAUGAAGGCGUAUCAUUUGGAACAGCAGCCUAUACAGGACAAAUAACUCAAACUAAUCGAUCCAUUGAAAGUACCGACAAAAAUACUACAAAAUAUAUUCAAAAUCCACAAAUGUUUGAUUUACAACAUCAUGUAGAUAAAUGUAUUGAACCUCCUUUAAUGAAUAAAAUUAGUUGUAACAAGGAUUCAAUUCCUAGAGUUAAUUCUUUUGUUUUAAAUGAAAGUAACAAAUCAUCAACUAUUAAAUCAAAUAACGCGAAUUCAUCGUGUAUCGUGGAAAAUAUAACUAAAAGAUGUUUAAAUGUUACCAAUGAAGAUACUACACCAUGGCAUUUAGACCAAAGUGUUCAAGAACAACAUUUAAAUACGUCUUUGUAUGACCACAGUGUUAUUAUGAAACCUCUUGACUUUUCUUCACUUACCGAUGAAACUAAAGGUAAUCCUUUUGUGUUCGAAAAAAUUACGUCAAAUGAUAUCAAACCAAAUGACAGCAUCAAUAAUCAAUGCAAUAAAGUAUUCAAUGAAAAUAAUAGUUAUAACUCUACAGUUUCUAAUAACCAACAUUCAAUACAACAAAUAGAUACGAGUAAUAGACAUUUUCCGGUUAUAGUCUCGCCACAUAGACAAGAAUAUAACGGAUUUCAUGAAAGUGUCAUACAGAGGACUGGUUGCGAUAAAAAUAAACACGAUAAAGUAUCAUCACAAACUGAUUUUGAAAGCAUAAAUUGGAACUUAUCAAAUGAUCUCGAUAAGAUUAUGAAAAACACGAACAUAGUUAUGGAACCAUCUUGUUUAUAUGACAGAAAUAAUUACAAUAUUUUAGAUAGUAUAAACUCAGAUAAAAAUGUUUCUACUCGGUGGAAGGAUAAUGUACCGUGUGUAGACUUGACAGUUAAUUGUAAAACUAAUCUUCAUCACGAUUCAUUUUUUGAUGGCUGGAGCUUUAUUGAAAACUAUGAAAAUCAUUCUAAUAAAAAAAUUAUGAAUAUGUCUUCUAAUGAUAAUUCCCACCACUCGUUGUUUCCGAACCAAAUAACUUCUUUAGAAGAAUCGACAAAAAAUAAUAAUAAUUCUAGUGAAAAUACUGAUGAUACAUUGGUUGCAGUAAAAGAUAUGCCGCCAUUUUCAAAAUCGAAUGAUUUAUCACCUACUAAUCGACAAUCGCGAGACGUUUUUAAUUUAAAUAAUAGGAUACCUGACUUCAGUGAUGGGUUUGAAUUACCAGUUAUAAAUGAAUCACACGAUUAUUUGCAAUUUAAAAAGGAUGAUAAUGAACAUCGGGCGGAUGGAUCGAUUUUUGAACAUCUAAAUGAACCUAAGUGCAUUACAACUCUAAAUGAAACAUUAAAUUAUAAGAAUGAUCAAAAUAAACUAGAUUUUAUUGGUCUCCCGAGUUUUAAAGAAAAAGAGCCAUUAGCACCUGUAUCUGCACCUUCAAAACUUAAUAUUGUUAAACCUACUUUACGAGACCCUAGUCAAAUGUAUACAGUCAUAAAACAGAAGUUAAAAUAUGAUAAUCCAUGUGUUGAAAAUGAUAGUGUACUAACUAAUAAAACUGAAAACAAUUCAAAAGAACAUCUAAUAAACUCAUUUAACGUAACGGACUUAAAAUCUAAGUAUAAUUGUGUGCAAUUAAAUCAAUUUGAUGUUUGGUCUGAAAAGUUUGUAUUAAAAGGAAACUCAAAUAGUCCGUCUAGCGCAGUUGUUCAAUGUGAUGUAGAAAUUACACAAUUUAAGAGUAACCCCGAAAAUCGCAAUUCAUUAUCGAAAUCAAAUACGAGUGAAAAUUAUCAGGACAAAACUAUGAUAUUGCCAGAUAAUACAAAUUGCAAUUUAACUGCUGAUAAAAUUAACUCGAAUGAUUUUCUUAACUGUUUGGAGAGCACAAAAACAGAUGACCAGAAAUAUCGAGAUACUUUUGAUGAAUUUGAAACGUCAUUUGGAUUUGAUAUACAUUGUAAUACUGAAUCUAACAAAUCUUUCCAUGAAGAUAUUGUCGAUAAAUGUCUCGAAGAAAGGAUUAAAGAUCAAAUUGGAGAUAGGAACAUAAAUACAGUUGAAUCAACUAAUACUUCAAACAGUAAUACAACAUCAUCAAACAAUACUCAGUUGCCUUUCCAGUGUGAUUUUCAAUCAAGUUAUUUAAUUAAAAAUUAUUUUGAUGAAAACAAAAAUAAAACAGUUGUCUUAGAUCAACAAACCAGUUACCAUGAUAAAUCAGAUACAACAGUUUUUAAAUAUCACGGCCAAAAUGUACAAGAAUACGAAUUGCAAAACAAUGAAAAUAUUCAUACAGUCAUAAAUUCUGAAAAAAAUUCUAAGUUUAACAUGAAUAGCGAUGUUGGAAAAAUUCAAAAUGUUAAUGAAAACAAUAAUUCAAAUUUUAUUAAUGAAGUCGAAUCCCGCGAGAGUAAACACGAAAACACAAAUAAUAUUAGUAAAAUAUCAAGUAUAAAAAAAAAUAGUUUUGAUUAUUUAAAUAUUGAAGAUCGCAAUUUAAAGUUUGAUAAUAAUAAAAAAAGUAUUCUUGAAUCCAUAAUUUCUAAGGGAAAAUGUGAAAUUAAUAGUUCUAUUGAAGCUAAUAUUAUUAGCAAAGUAAAACAGAAUGAUUUAAACACUAACAAAUUAUUUCAUGUUCGAAAAAAUUCAAAUGUUGAUUUUGAGCUGAAUAAUAUUGAAUCAACUAUUUUUGGAUCAAAUCCAAAAUCUACAAGUAUUGUAAGUCCAAAUGAAGCUAAUAAAAACAAUAAAAUAGGUAACCACACGAAUAGUUUUGAAUCAAAGUAUAAUUCUAAUAAUAUAGAACAAAUUGAACGCAAUAUUAAUAAAAAAAAUAUUUUUGAAGUGGAUAAUAAUAACAUUGAUAUACAUCAUUUAGAAAAAAUGGAUGAAUUUGAUUUUAAUACAAGAAUUAUUCAAAAUUUAGAAAUUGAAUGUUCUUCUGUUAAUAUUGAAAAAUCAACAAGUUCAAACGAAAUAUUUACAAAUAAAAGUCAAAUAAAAACUGAUUGUGGAUUUGAAAUAAACGAUGAUAAAAACAAAGUAAAAUUAGAAACAAAUUACAAAAACACUCUAGGUAUUCAAGAAAAGCUACAAAUUGAAGAAACGUCUAACUUAAAUUAUAAUAAUGAUACUCAAUGUCAUAAUGUAAUUGAAACUGAAAAUAUUAAUCGUGAAAAUAAAGUGGACCGUAUUUUUGAAAUUGGCUGUAUUGUUAACAAUAUCCAAGAAAAACUAAACCUCGAAAACCCUGAAACACAAACUGAUUUUGAUAUUCAAAAUCAAAAUACAGAAAAAUGUAAUUUAAAUAACUGUAAUACUAGUAGAAAUUCUAAAAGAGGUAAUAACUUGGAAGUUGAGAAUAUUUUUGAAAAUAUAUAUGAUAAUUUAUCGACUUUGAACUCUGUCAAAAAUGAUACUAACAUUUUGGAAAAUUUCUGUCAAGAAGAUACAAAAUGUGACGCUUCUAAAUGUUUAGAUAUUACUAAAAAUCUAAAUUUAAAAAAUAAAAACUCAGAGGAUGUUGAUGAAAUUUGUGACGAACCAAAUAUGGAUGUGUUCCAUAAUGCAUCUGAAGAAACUAAUAAUGUUUUACUACAAGAACUUGUAAAUAAUUCUGCUGGUCGUCUGAUGACUGUUUCAGUGCCACACAAUGAAUCGAUAAACGAUGUUGAAAGCAAACCAACGAUUUUAGAAUAUAGUACAAAUGAAAAUCAAGCUAUAUCUGUAGAAGAAUUUACCGAAAGCAUUAAAGAAGGUGGAACUGAAUCAAAUAUUGAAACAAAUAGGCAACCUAUAAAAAACUUGACGGUCAAUAUAGUUAAAGGUGAUGCUACAUUAGCAAUAUUUGAAAACUUAAAAUCUGAUUUAUUAAAUGCUGAAGAAAAACAUCAUGCUUUUGAAUUAAAAUCACAACAGAAUCCCAAUAAAAUAUACGAAGUUGAAGAUUCUACUAAUUCUGGACCUUGUUUAUUAAGUCAUGUUGAAAUGACUAAUUCUAAUCGAAUAAUUGAGAAUAAAGAUGAAAUGAAUUAUGAACCGAGUUUAUUAAACCACGAUGAAUCAAUAUCCCAACAACGUUCAGUGGAAACUAUUGAAGCCGUUGAUCUAACUAGUUCUGGACCUAGUUCAUUAAAUCACCAGGAACUAAUGAUGCAAAAACCGAUAAAGAUGUUUAUUGUUGAAAAUUCAACAAGUCCUAAACUUCUUUCAUUAAACCAUGAUGAAUCAACAUCCCAACAGUAUCCAGAUGAAAUUGGUGAGAUCAAAGAUUCUAUUAGUACUGGACUUAGUUCAUUAAGUAAUACUGAAUUAAUAAAUAAACAAAAUACAAAUACAAUUGACGGAGUAGACGAUUCAGUUAAUUGCGAAUGUAGCUUAUUAAACCAUAACGAAUUAAAAUGUCAACAAUAUUGCAAUAAAAUGGUGGUCGAGGUUGAAAACUCAAAUAAUUCAUUAAAAAACAAUAUAUUGCAAUACCACCAACAUUUAAAUCAAAUUAAUAAGAAUAAAGAUUCAACUAAUUCAGAGCCUUGUUCAAUAAAUCAAGAUGAAUUAGAAUUACAAAAUAAUUCAAACGUCAUUUACGAGCUCAAAGAUUCGAUUAGUUCUGGAUCUUAUUCCAUAAAUCAAGAUAAAUUAGAAUUUCAACAAGGUGCAAAUGUUAUAUAUCAGGCUGAAGAUUUGACUAGAAAUAAACCUGGUUCAAUAAAACAGAAUAAAUUAAAAUACCAUCAUAAUUUAAAUGAAAUUAGUGAGAAUGAAGAUUCAGCUAGUUCUGGACCUAGUUCAAUAAAUCAAGAUGAAUUAGAAUUACUAAAGAAUCCAAAUGCAGUUUACAAGUCUGAAAAUUUUAAAAGUUCUGAAGUUUGUUCAAUAAAUCAAGAUCAAUUAGACUCUCAACAAAAUGCAAAUAAAAUGUACAAUGCUGAAGAUUUGACUAGAAAUAGACCUAUUUCAAUAAUACAGAAUGAAUUAAAAUGCCAUCAUAAUUUAAACGAAAUUAGUGAGAAUGAAGAUUCAACUAGUUCUGGACCUAGUUCAAUAAAUCAAGAUGAAUUAGAAUUACUAAAGAAUUCAAAUGUAAUUGAUGAGUCCGAAGAUUUGAAAAGUUCUGAAUCUUGUUCAAUUAAUCAAGAUGAAUCAGAAUUACAACAUAAUUCAAACGCGUGUAACGAUUCUGAAGAUUCAACUAGUUCUAGGCUUAGUUCAAUAAGUCAAGAUGAAUUAGAAUUACUAAAAAAUUCAAAUUUAAUCGACAAGCCCGAAGAUUUGAUAAGUUCUGAAUCUUGUUCAAUAAAUCAAGAUGAACUAGAAUUACAACAUAAUUUAAAUGCAAUAAAUGAUUCUGAAGAUUCAGCAAGUUCUAGUUCUAGUUCAAUAAAUCAAGAUGAACUAAAAUUACAACAUAAUUUAAAUUCAAUAAGCGAUUCUGAAGAUUUAGCUAGUUCUGAGUCUAGUUCAAUAAAUCAAGAUGAACUAAAAUUACAACAUAAUUCAAAUGAAAUUAAUGGUUCUGAAGAUUCAACUAGUUCUAGGCCUAGUUCAAUAAGUCAAGAUGAAUUAGAACUAUUAAAGAAUUCAAAUACUAUCAACGAGCCCAAAGAUUUGAUAAAUUCUGAAUCUUAUCCAGUAAUUCAAGAAAAAUUAGUCUUUCAACAAAAUGCGAAUGAAAUAUAUAAGGCUGAAGAUUUGACUAAAUGUAUACGUAGUUCAAUAAAACAAAAUGAAUUAAAAUACCAUCAACAUUUAAAUGAAAUUAAUGGGAAUGGAGAAUCGACUAGUUCUAGGCCUAGUUUAAUAAAUCAAGAUGAAUUAGAAUUAACUAAGAAUUCAAAUGUAAUUGACGAGUCGGAAGAUUUGAUAAGUUCGGAAUCUGGUUUAAUAAAUCAAGAUAAAUUAUACUUUCAACAAAAUGCAAAUGAAAUAUACGAUUCUGAAGAUUCAACUAGUUCUAGGCCUAGUUCAAUAAAUCAAUAUGAAUUAGAAUUUCAACAGAAUUUAAAUGAAACCGACAAGGCUGAAGACUUGAGUACAUCUACCCAUAGUUCGUUAAAUCAGGUCGAAUUAGAAUUUCAACAAAAUUCAUAUGCAAUUUAUGAUUCUGAAAAUUUGAUAAGAUCUGAACGUAGAUCAUUAAAUCAAGAUGAAUUAGAAUUUCAUUAUAAUUCAAAUGAAACUGAUGAGGCUGUAGAUUUGACCAUAUCAAGACAUAGUUCAAUAAACCACGAAGAAUAUAGAAGUGAACACAAUUUGAAUAAAAUCGUUGAAGAUAAAGAUUUAAUUGGUUCUGUUGGAAGUUUAUUGAAACACAAUGAAUUGAUAAGCCAAGAUAUGUUUGUAGAGCCACCCAGUUUAAAAAAAUCUGUGAUAUUUGAACAGAAUAUUCAUAAAACGAAUUGUGAUGCAUGUACAGAUUCGAAAAGCGUUGUCGAUGACAUAAAAUUACCAAAAGUUAAAUUUAUAUUAAAACGUCAUAGUAGAAAUAUGUUAAAAACAAAUAUAUUUGAUGAAGAACCGGAUGUGCCGUACAAAAAAAUGAAAGUAGUGAAAGAUGAAAACCUUAUGACUCGUCAUAUUUUCAAAAAACGAAAUAAUUCCUAUAAACAGUGUACAUCGUGGCAAAAUAUGUAUAAAAAAGAAUUGAACUUUGAACCGAAUGAUAAUAAUCUAAAAGAGUCGAUCGAAAAGACGGAUAUCCCACCAAUUAUUCGUCCGGAUAAUAUUGCACAAGUCGUUCAAACCCCGGACGAAGGAGAAAAAUGUGAUAAUAAGUUACUAGAUCGGAUGUACGAUCAUGAUGGUGAACGAAAUAAUGAAGUUUUAAAUACCUUUGUUGGGAUCAAAAAUGAUGUGAUUGAUGAUGAAUAUAACGGGCCUUUCAACACCCCAAUCCCAUCGCCAUUUGACGACUUUCAAUCGGAAAACCCAACACCAGAACACUGCAGUGGCGAAGUGUAUUGGGACAAGUCACUGGAAGAUGAGUACAAAAGCGUACUGCAUAAGACGAUAUCAAAAUUUGCGAAAUUUCGGGUUAACGUCAGAGAUAAGUUUAACAGUCGACUACUUGCUCGUCGGGUGAACAAAACGAAACGGAAAAAACGGGAGUGGCGACAGCGACAGCGACAGCUAUUAUUGGCCGAUAAGGCGGCGGUAGUAAUCGUUGGCCGCGUCGAAGACCCUGUCAAGCCUGUUGUCGUGGCCUCCAAAGUAUCGACAAAUCCGAUGUACAAGAUCAAGGUUCAGUUGCCCUGGGGUCGGAUAUUUAACAUGAACGGGCCGAAAGGAAACCGGAAUAAGACCAAGGAUACCAAAAUCGAGCUGGGCCCUGCUAAAGUAGAAGUGCGAUUAAGCCGAACGCCGGGUGAAUGGCAGGUGGCAGCUUGUCAGCCAAUGACUUCUCCCAAAUCGGUGGUGAUCGUCAGACGGUUAGUACUGCAGAGGGCAACUAGUCCUGUCACAAACAAUAGCGACGUUGAUGACCACUUCCACAACCACCGCCAUGAGGAUGACGGUCAUGAUACAUACGAUAAUCGUUCGCACGAACUCUCCAGGAAAUUGCCAAAAAUUGUUAUCCGAAGAAACGGUCAAGACAAUAACUAUACCAGUUACGUGAGCAGUAGUGGGUUCGAGAGUGGCGGAGGCGACGAAGACGAUGGCAGCGGCGACAAAAAUGACAGCGGUGGCGGCGUUCCUCAGUUGAUGGUUCGGUUGGUCAGAGACCGAAAGCUGGAUGCAAUGGCCGUCGAAGGAGUCACUACUCUACACCUUAAACAUCUUGUUCCUAUAUCCGAAUCUGAAAUAGAAGCAUCAGUGGAGGUGGACAUGCACUGUGCUAAAAGGGUUCGAUACUCGUAGAUUUCAGUUAAUACCACCAUAACUAUUACCACUAUCAUCAGUCAACACCACCUUAUGUUACCACCACCAACUAAUAGG